GUACUGUAUUGCAAGCGGUUCUGAACUUCGGGGCCGAUCCGACACCUUUGUGCUACACGGCAAGGACUGUUGAUGAGCUCAGACACUCUCUGUAUCAUCCAAAGCUUGACUUUUGGAAUAUAGCCGUGGAGCACGCGGAAUACGAAUCCCUCAUCAUCGACUGGGCAAAGCGGUGUGGAGCCAUCUUGAAGAGGCAUCGUCUGGCCGCGAAGCCACAGAGACUUGCAGCAGCGGCCAAGCGGGCAGCCGAGAGGGGCUGGCUUCUGGGUAUGCGGCAGUGCCUGAGCGAGCUUGACAAGCUUGCCUGUCUGUCCGAGCAUGUGGCGAACAAGUUCGACAUGGUUGAACUCGAGACACUGCGAGAGGAGCUGGCUCUUGUCGCCAUCAAGGCUGGAGCUGCGAAUGUCGUGGAGUUUUUGGUGCCCCGCUGGCAAAAGAUGCCGCCGUCGCUGAUUUGUUGCGCUUGCGCACAUGGAAAGCAGGAGAUUGCUGCGUUCCUGCUUGAGAAAGGGGCUGACCUAUGCAUGAGCACCCAUGGGAAGGUUGGUUACUUCAACUCACCUCUGGACAUGGCUGUGAAGCAUUGCCACAUCAACGUAGUAGACUUCCUCUGCGAAGUACUGAAAUCAGAUCCUCGGGCGAAGCGGCCCGGAACAGCAGCCCAGGAAGGUCUUGAGGGAGUUGAACAUGCAGAGUCUCGAGUACAUGGACACGCUGGUUGCGUACGUUCAGGACAAGCUGACUUGCCGCCGAGCUUCUACAGCCCGAGCGUGCGAGGUUGCACAUGA